CGCAAGUUACAGGAGAACCAGGCGGGGCCGUGGUCCAGCGAGGCCUGGGAUUCAGAAGGGAUGAAACUUUCCUCAGUGCUUGGACACCGGCCCCCUUCCUCGGGUCUUCCUGCUUCUUCCGCCUGCCCCUAGCUCCCGCCUCGAGCCACCCUCUCUCGCUCCCCAACGCCCGCACCCGCGCCGGUUACUGGGGGCGGUGAGAGGAGGCCAGAAGCAGAGGCGAUGCCGGCGGGGGGCGGGCGGUGGGGGGGCUUCUGGGAGCAGCGGACCCGGCAGCUGCAGAGCCAAGUGCGGGCCAAAGAAGACAAGAUAGCAGAACUGGAAACGGAAAACGCUGUCCUUCUUCUGAAAUUGGCAGAGUACAAGGGAAAGAUUGAAAAGAGUCGCAGUGAGGCCACGCGGAUUUCCACCCUGUACAACAAACAGCAGCGUCUGCAGAGAAACACACGGUCAGCCUUGAGCCAGUUGGAUCGUGUCAUUCAGAAACUUAACCAGGAUAUACAGGCGUUUCAUUCUUCUUCGCGGGCACUCCUAAGAGAUUAUCAGGAUGAGUAUCAGGACCAUGUUUCUGAAAUAGUGACCGCGGUGCAAAGAACACAGCAGAGCGCCGAGACCCUGCUAGCGUGCCAGGCAAAGGUGGUGCACCUGGAGCAGGCCUUGCAGGACGUCAGUGCACGUCACCAGCUGGAGAGGCAGAGAAGGAAGGUCCUGCACAACAGCCUGGUGGAGCUGAAAGGAAAUAUCAGAGUUCACUGUCGGAUUCGUCCUUUGUUGCCUUUUGAUAGUGAAUCCGAUGAUCCAGUCUUGCAGAGCAGCUCCAUCUCUAGAGAAGUGGCCCACGCUGUUGAUGACGAAACAGUUCUGGUGAAAUGUGAUCGUCCUGGCCACCCUCUGAUUAAUAAGACAUACCAUUUUGAAAGGGUUUAUGGUCCAGCAGAGUCUCAGAGGGUGGUCUUUGGAGAUGUGUGCCCCCUACUCACGUCUCUCUUGGAUGGGUACAAUGUUUGUGUUAUGGCGUAUGGACAGACGGGCAGCGGGAAGAGCUAUACCAUGUUGGGACCCCAUUCAGACGACGGCCCUGUGCUGCCGCUUGACCCACAGAGUGACUUAGGAAUUAUCCCUAGAGCAGCUGAGGAGCUCUUCAGGCUCAUUUCGGAAAAUCCCUCAAGAAGCCCAAAGGUUGAAGUCUCCAUAGUGGAAGUUUACAAUAAUGACAUUUUUGACCUUCUGGCCAAAGACACUGUUGCAGCAGUGUCGGGGGUCAAGCGUGAGGUGAUGACAGCCAAGGAUGGACGAACAGAGGUUGCGCUGCUGGCCUCUGAGGCUGUUGGCAGUGCCUCAAAACUUAUGGAGCUCGUUCGUGGAGGUCUGCAGCUCAGAGCAAAGCACCCCACCCUGGUGCAUGCGGAUUCCUCCAGGUCUCACCUGAUAAUUACGGUGACUCUAACAACAGCUGCCUGCUCUGAUAGUACUGCAGACCAAGCCUGCAGUGCCACCCUCCCCAGGGAACAAACAGAGGCAGGAAGGGCAGGAAGGAGCCGCAGAACUUCUCAAGGGGCCUCAGCUCCACAGCCGGUUCCUGGGGACCCCGCAGGGCGUGCAGAGCAGGUGCAGGCCCGGCUGCAGCUGGUGGACUUGGCGGGCAGCGAGUGCAUUGGUGUGUCCGGGGUGACCGGCUCGGCCCUGAGGGAGACAGCGUGCAUCAACCGCAGCCUUGCGGCCCUGGCAGACGUCCUGGGGGCUUUGUCGGAGCACCGCAGCCACGUCCCAUACCGGAACAGCAGGCUCACCCACCUCCUUCAGGACUGCCUCGGAGGUGACGCGAAGUUACUGGUGAUUCUGUGCAUUUCUCCCAGCCAGAGGCACCUGGCGCAGACGUUGCAGGGCCUGGGUUUUGGGAUCCGAGCUCGGCAAGUCCAGCGAGGUCCUGCCCGAAAGAGGCCGCCCAGCUCCCAGACGGAGGGGAAGAGGAGGCCGGAUUGAACGCAUUAAUGAGUUUUUCUCCUAAAACUGUGUGUUUUGUCAUUGCUUUAGAAUGCAUAUGUGCUUAGAAAUAAACAGGUUUCAUGUGGGCUUGAUAAACCUGGCUUGAUUCCAGAGCACCCUCAUGAAUGUGGAUGGGACCUCCAACUCCUGGCAGACCAUCAGGCGGAACAGGCUUCACAGAGGAGCUCCUUGCGGAGCGGCAGCCACCAGGUGUCACAGCAGGCACUCGCUGUCCUCAUCAGACUCU